AUGGACGGUGGGAGUGGCUUGAACAUCCUCUAUGCUGAGACCCUCAAUGGGAUGGGCAUCAUGAUGUCUCGACUCAGCGAGAGCAACAUGCAGUUUCAUGGAGUCAUUCCGGGGAAGAAGGCAAAGUCACUCGGUCAUAUAGCUUUGGAUGUCGUUUUCGGUGACUCGGAGAAUUUUCAGAAGGAGAAGCUGAUGUUUGAAGUGGUAGACUUUCACAGUGCUUAUCAUGAUAUCCUUGGCCGACCGGCUUAUGCGCGUUUCAUGGCCCGUCCAUGCUACGUGUACCUCAAGCUGAAGAUGCUUGGACCCAAGGGCGCAAUCAAAGUUACGGGGAAUAGGCAAAGAGCCGAGGAGUGUCUUCAGCAAGGGUCCAAGAUCGCUGACGAACAGAUGGCGAUGGUGGAGUUGGAAGAGUACAAGAAAAAUGUCGAUCCGACUGAUUUGCUCCAUUCCAGGAAGCUAGCUUCUGAAUCUGCUUUCCAAUCGGCGGGGCAAACGAAGCAAGUUCACAUUCACCCAAAAGAUCCCACAACUGCUCCAACCAAUAUCUCAACAACACUCGACAGAAAAUAG